AUGUCCAAUGCCAGCUCCAUCUCCGAGUUCCUCCUCCUGGCAUUUGCAGACACGUGGGAGCUGCAGCUCUUGCACUUCUGGCUCUUCCUGGGCAUCUACCUGCUUGCCCUCCUGGGAAACGGCCUCAUAAUCACCACCGUAGCCUGCGAACAAUGCCUCCACACCCCCAUGUACUUCUUCCUCCUCAGUCUCUCCAUCCUCGACCUGGCCUCCAUCUCUACCACUGUCCCCAAAGCCAUGGCCAAUUCCUUGCAGGACACCAGGGACAUUUCCUACCUGGGAUGUGCUGCACAGGUCUUUCUGUUUGUCUUUUUCAUGUCAGCAGAGUUUUCUCUUCUCACUGUCAUGGCCUAUGACCGCUACGUUGCCAUCUGCAAACACCUGCACUACGGGACCGUCCUGGGCAGCAGAGCUUGUGUCUGCAUGGCAGCAGCUGCCUGGGGCAGUGGGUUCCUCUAUGCUGUCCUUCACACUGCCAAUACACUUUCCCUCCCACUCUGCCAAGGCAAUUCUGUGGACCAGUUCUUCUGCGAACUUCCCCAGAUCCUCAAGCUCUCCUGUUCAGAUGCCUACCUCGGGGAAUUUCAACUUCUUGUGUUUAGUGCUUUUGCCUUUUUGGGGUGUUUUAUUUUCAUUGUGGUGUCCUAUGUGCAGAUUUUCAGGGCCAUGCUGAGGAUCCCCUCUCAGCUGGGACAGCACAAAGCUGUUUCCACGUGCCUCCCUCACCUGGCUGUGGUCUCUCUGUUUAUGAGCACUGGCAUGUUUGCCUACCUGAAGCCCCCCUCGAUCUCUUCCCCAUCCCUGAAUCUAGUGGUUGCUGCUCUGUAUGCAUUGGUGCCUCCAGCAGUGAACCCCCUCAUCUACAGCAUGAGGAACCAGGAGCUCAAGAAAGCAGUGUGGAAAGUGUUGACUGAAUGUUUUCCAGAAGCUAUAGUGUGUCUAUCUUCUUCAACUUAA